UUUCCCACACGUAACGCAGCCCCGCGCUUACCACAGCCCCGCCCUUACCCCAGCCAAACAGUGUCGCCGCACUUCUCGCCGCCAGCCAUGCACUCCGUCGCUCAGCACUGCUUCGUGGCGCACCGCCAGCUCACGCGCCUACUGCCUUCCUCCGCCUCAUUAUCCGCUACAGUUCGCCGCGCAACCGCACUUGCACCCGCGAGGUGUCCGCACAAUUUUCGCGAGGCGAGCGGAUUGAGCGCGCAGAGCGCGUCUGCGCUGAUUGCGCGCGGUGGCACGCGCUGCCAGAGCUCGUCCUCGGAAGCUUCCGCGAAGGAAGAGCCGAAUGUGAAGGACCUUGCGCAGAAGGCGCGGCUGGCGCUAACGGCGGAAGAGGAGGAGGAGUUUGGCACAUCCAUAUCACGCAUCGUGGACUGGUUUGGACAGCUGCAGCAGGUUGACCUCUCAGAUGUGCCGGCUGCCAUCCGCGUUGGAGGGGAGGAGCUGACGCCUGGGACCAUGAGAGAAGACGUUGCUCGGGACUUUGACAACAGGGAGGGGAUGCUGAGCCAAGUACCCAAGAUGGACGGGCCAUUCAUCAGAGUUCCCAACGUUUUGCCCAGCAGCUGAACUUCCGACUAGGGGAUUGUAGUCCCACUAGAUAGCUAGUGGUCAGGGCUGACUUUAUCAGACUAUUUACUCUGAUUAGUCUGAAAUCUCAGACCUGUUUUUUGGCCAAACCUGAAUUUCCAGAUAAGGCAUUUUCCCAA